AUGGCGACCAGCAGAGCGUCCACCCAACAAAUCUCCUCUGCAUACUAUGAUCCCACCCGGGCCGAUGCAUCAUCCGUGGACCCGCGGUACGUGAUGAAGGGGAUCGACUUCUCCCUCCCACUUAGGGACCGUGUGAUCGAGUACCAGAAGAACUUCCUGGCGGACCCCAACUUCGACGGCUUCGACGCGUACGCGCUGCGGAACAACGUGCGGUGCAUCUCGGUGACACCCACCCGGACAGAGUGGGAGCUCGACAUCCUCCCGCACCUCUGCAACAAGGGCGGCAAGCUCCACGGUGGUGCGGCCGCCACCAUCAUGGAUAACCUGACCACGACGACCCUCAUCGCGGGAGCGAGGCCGGGGUUCAUGGACGUCGGGCACGUGAGUCGUAACCUCAACGUGACCUAUCUCCGGCCGGUCGUCGAGGGCGCGACGGCCAGGGUGGUGUGCGAACUGGUGUCGGGCGGCAGGACACUCGUCAACAUGAGAGGCGAGAUGCUCGUCGACGGCAAGGUCUGUGUCACAUGUCUCCACGACAAGGUCUUCUUGCGUCCGCCACCGGAACCUGCCAAGCUGUGA